AUGACCAACAACAACAACAAGAAUCAGAGUGUAAACAAGACCAACCAAAAGGCCAAGAAUAAGAACAAGACCAAGUGGAGCACCACGACCAAGAACAACAAGGAGUUGGAGGAAAUGCUGAAGGGCAUUUUUGCGGCCGACAAGGUGGAUCCCCUCAAGGAUGUCAUUUUUGGAUGCACCGGUGCCCCGUCAAAGAUGCCCGAUCAGUCGGAGUUUCGUCGCUUGAUUACGAGGCACUUUAUUGGCUACCUGGAAACUGGCUCGACACACGCCAAGGUGGAGUUUGCCACGCAGUACAUUGUGAAUGGCAUUACCAAGAAUGGCGGCCGAUUCUUCAAGUUGGACCUGAAGAAAACUCACCCAAAGACAAAAGCCCUGGUCAUUCGACAAUUGCUUCCUGCCAAUCAGACGGACCACAAGUUGAUGAUGGCCCGUAUCAUGGGCUUUUUGCGAGACGAAGCCUAUCGAUUCAAAUUUGGCAUUGGCAAAUCCAAGAACACGCCUACGACUAAUAAUGCGAUCAGCAGUGAACACGACCAAGAUGAAUCCUCCUCCUGUGACAAGAACAAGAACAAGAACACGACCAACGACGACAAGCAAGAACCGGAACACCACGACCUCACGACGACUUCCACGUCUUCCAAUGCCAGCCGGACGUCCUCUGAGACCGAGAAGGCCGCUAAUCAUCACAAGACAAAACCCUCGCCGCCAGAAGCUGUCCCCAAGGAGAUUGUCAUGGCGGAAUCUUCAACAGUCUCCAAGACAGCCACCACGACUGCUCGUCCCAAAUCGGACCUCCAAGAACCCAAGGCCGCGAGUUUGGUUCAGGGUGCGGUCAGCACUCGCAAGGAGGAUUGCAUGAGUCCUCUUGCCAUGGAUUGUUCUGCCACCGACGACAAUGUGAUUCUCGAAAAGGAUUUCUUGCCACCUCCCAGCACCCUUCAAUUCACCGAGAGCAUGGCGGGACAUUCUCUCGGGACCAUUCUCUGUGAAGAUAAUGAUACCGAUGCUCCAACGACUGGCAAUAAGGACAAGUGGUGGCCCCACACGAACGCUACCGACCUACUGGCGGACGACGACAUUAUUAUUCCGCCACAGACGGCCCAGCAGAUGCAGCACGCGCUGGAGUGCUACCAUUCCUUUUGGGCCCAUGACUUGAUGAACGGAUCGCGACGUGGAGUCCAGAGUUUUGAUUCUCUGGCCAAGCACUUGCGCUCGGUCGUGCACAGUUCCUCCGAGCUCCUUCGUCGUGUCGAAGUGUUGUGUCGCAUGGAACAAGAAAAACAGAAACUUGCCAAGGCUCGCCCGGCCAAUCUUGUCGUGGAAGGCAAAGGGCAUUCCUUGCUGUUGGAGAAGGAAGAUGUUGCCACAGGCAUGGUCAAGAAAACUGGAGGUAUGACCGCUCCUUCUGGCUUGCGUGGCAUGGUCUAG